AUGUCCCCACAGGCCAAAACUAAUGGAGGUUCUAGAGGCGAAGCUGCCGCCCCCAGAGGCGCCAAAGCGCUAGCGCCCAACGAAAAGGAGCAGCUGCAGACUGAUGCAAAAAAAGCAUACCUCCAGGAGCAUGCGAAAAGCACGAAGCAGGCCGCCACUCACAGCCAGAACAAGGUGGUUGCAAAUUGGCUUCCUGUUAUGAGGGCCGUGAAGCUUCAAGAGCUAAGAAAGGACGUCGACGACUACAUCUCGAACUGCGAAGUAAAGGCAGAACGGAAAGACGCCCAGCUGGAAAUGAAGGACCUCGACUUGGAUGAUGCAGAAGAUCACCAAAGUACUAUAAUAGCCUCUCAUAAAAUCAAUAUCAGUAAACUUAUUCAGCUGCAGGAGGCACGGAUACAAAAGUUGGAGCAGUCAUUCAGGGACCAUCUCUCGUUCCUUCAACAGCAGUUCCAAGAGGACAUAAGAGGCAUCAGUAACGCCCACGGUUCGUUCAAGCAUGAGCUAGAGCUUAUUAUUCAGCAGAUCGAAAAUGAAGAAAGAGUUCGGGCUCAUGAAGAAACGACCGAACACAAUACUCAGUACGAGUUGACCCGCAACAGAAACAUCGAGUCAGACCAUCAGCUGAAAUCGGCUCUAGAUGAACAGAUUGAUCGUUUGAAGGGACGCUGCGAUACAGCUCUUCAGAACCAUAGAGCGAGCACAGACGCAAAUGCUCAGGAGUACAAGAAACUUCUACAGCAAGACGUGUCCCUAUCAAAACAACUCAAUAUCAAGUUAAAGCAAGUUGAGAGGCUGCAGGCAGCCACUGCACACUGGAAGGCAAAACUUGCCCAAAAUAAGCAGGAGUGCGAGUCCCGUAACGGGCAGAUGAAGGGCGAGAUCCAACAGCUGCGGCGACACUGCAAGGAGAUGAAGGCAAGAAUGAACCGAGCGAGACAAUGCGACAAACAGAGACUAAUUGACCUCUCAAAAUAUAGUCGGGAAUGCAAGACGAAACUCGCUGAGCAGCUGAAGAUAGCGGAAAGAAUCCUCCGGACAGCAGAACUCUGCAGGAAAUUCGAGACACACAGAGAGAAGGUCGCCCCCCUGCCAGCACCGCAGCACUACGCAGCGGAUGAUGUGGCCUGGAAUGAGGUCAGCGAGUCACUCAAAGAAGAAAUUCUGGAAGUACUGGGAGACGACGGUAUCGACGAAUGGAACUAUCUGGACAAUUUCUUCAAGCGCUACAACAAGGUUCUCCUGGACAAAAUAGCCUUUGAGAAGCAAAAGAAACUAGUUGAAGACCAGACCGACAAAUUGAGGAUUCAGCUCGACAAUUUUAUCGCCAGCGUUUCCGUCACUGAUGACACAAUGCGGAAGCCGAAUUCGUUGCUUCUGGUCAAUCCAGCUGUCUCGCGGCAGCCACUUGCCUCUUCGACUCAACUUCCCCCGGUCAGACUGAAACUAAGCACAGGUCGCAGCAGUCCCGGCGGCCAGUCCGCGCAGAAGGAAGUUGCACGUUGCGCUAAUGGACCAGCCAUCGAACCAUGA